GAAUCAUCUUAUGAUCGAGUUAUCACGAACCGGAAAAAAUGUCAAAACAAGACUCCACGUGCCAGUGUUUAUUUAGGAAAAAAUCGCAGCCACUUGACGUACUAACGCAUUUUGACAAUUCUUUUCAGCAGAGAAAACCACUGAUUUUGAGGGGACAGAACAUUGGAGAGGUUACAGAGAGAUGGAGUUCAGUGGAAUACCUGGCAGAAAGGGGCGGGGCCAAACCUGUCAAAACCCACGUGUCACCAGUACCCCAGAUGGACUUCAUCAACAAAAACUUUGCAUACAAGUCACUGCCAUUUAAUGAGUUUGUACGAAGAGCAGCAGAGGAAACACACAAAGAAUUCUUCAUCUCGCAGACAGAGAAGUACUACCUGAGAGCCCUGGGUGAUGACGUUAGGAAGGACGUAGCUGACAUCAGAGUACAGUUUCCCGAGCUCGCCCAGGAUCUCGUUAUUCCGGAUCUGUUCCCGAGGGACAGGUUCUUCUCCAGCGUAUUCCGCAUAGCCUCCAGGGGACUCCAGCUGUGGACUCAUUAUGAUGUGAUGGACAACAUACUGAUACAAAUCAGUGGUAGAAAGAGGGUUGUGUUAUUUGACCCCGCUGAUGCUCACAACUUAUAUCUUAACGGUGAUAAAUCUGAGGUAUUGGACAUAGACAAUCCUGACCCAGAGAAGUACCCCAAAUUCUACUCUGCUGUCAGGUACGAGGGGGAACUACAACCAGGAGACAUCCUGUUUAUUCCAGCUUUGUGGUUCCACAAUGUAGUGUCGUUAGACUUUGGUGUGGCAGUAAAUGUGUUCUGGAAACACCUGGAGGAUAGCAUGUACGACAAUAAGGACAUAUACGGUAACAAGGACCUCCAGCCUGCCACGCGAGCGAUGCAGAUCGCUGACCGAGCCAUCAAAGCUCUGGAGGAGUUACCUCCCGUGUAUAGGGACUUCUACGCUAGAAGACUUGUCAGCAAGAUAGAAAACAAGUGUUAUAUUAAAUCUGAUGUCACGUAAA